AUGCAAGCAGACAUGCUCAGCGUGCUGAUGGCAUCCGGGAAAGAGCUGGCCGCCAUUCCCGUUGAGCAGUUGACCAAUGUAGAGAUGCUGAAAAAGGACUUGCAAAAGCUCUGUGGGGUCCCGCGCUUUAGGCAGAGGCUGAUUGAGCAAGAUGGCACUUGCUUGGAGGAUCAUGUCAUACUGGAUACGGCCAGAGCUGUGCACUUGCUUCUGCUUCCUUUUGCUGUUUCUGGAGAGGGAGCGAGGGCGCUCACCGAGGCUUGUGCAAAAGGACUCGUCUCGAAAGUGCAGGAGUUGUUGCAGUUCCCCAUCGACCCAAACUGCAGGGGUUUCAACGACGACGGCCUCUUCGUCACACCUAUCAUUGUGGCCUCUCACAAAGGUCAUGUAGAAGUUGUGCGGUUGUUGCUGGAGGCCGGUGCUGACAAGAACUGGUGCGAUCCUACCUCCAACCGUCGCGAAGAGGCUGCCUCGAUGGCAUCUCAGAUAGCUCAGAUUCACAACAAAAGGCUUGCGAGCAAAAUGCUGGAGGGCUUCUCUGAUUUCGCUCGUGGCAAAUCGUCUGUCUGGGUGGCUUCUGAGGGUGGCCAUGCGGACGUCGUGCGCUUACUUCUGGAGGAGGGUGCUGACAAGGACUGCAGAAAUACUUUCGGGCAGUCACCCAUAUGGGUGGCUGCCAGCAAAGGUCAUGUGGAGGUGGUGCGCUUGCUUUUGGAAGCGCGAGCCGACGCGAACGUGGCAGAUACUGUGCUCGGCGACACACCGCUGAUGAAGGCGGUGGAUAAACGCUACGAAGAGCUCGCACGCUUGCUGCAGCAAGCUGCCGAUAAUGAGUGCUCAAGCACUGCUCAUGUGAAGCACUGCCAGGACUGA